AAAUAGACUCGCCCACUCCCUCGUAAAAGGUGAGAUGACCUAAUUCGAAAGGCUUGCGACAGGUAAAUCAACAGAAAAAUGGGGAAAGAGGCCAUUCUUGGCUUUAUUUUUGCCGCCGUUGCUGUCGGAUGCAUGGUUCUAGCUUUCGCCAGUCCAUACUGGGUGGAAUCAUUCGAUAAAUUCCAAGGAAGAUUCACAAAAAUCGGUUUGUGGGAAGUCUGUUUCAACGAUUACACAUUCUACAAGGACUACAAAGGCAAGCGUUAUCUGGGGUGUUGGUACAUCUUUUCACAAGAGGUUCGUCCGAUUUGGGAGUGGCUGUCACCACCAUGGUUCAUCUCGGUGCAGGUGAUGGUCAGCUUCACCCUGCUGAUCCAAGGCCUCAACGCUAUCGCACUCGUCCUGUUUCUAUUCAAGUUCUUCCCCAAAACACUUGACUAUUUGAUUCUGAUGUCCACGGCUGCUAUCAAUCUGUUUGCCUUUGGACUGAUUUUAAUUGCUCUCAUAGUGUUUGGGGUGAAGAAAGAAGACCGCUCGUGGGUGCCACGCCCAGAUAUGAAUUUCCUGUCUUGGUCUUAUGGACUGUGCUGCAUUUCAGGACUGGCAUGCGUGGUUUCGGCCUACCUGCUCCAUAAGGCAUCUAAGAAGCUGGAUAAGGAGUUAGGCUAUUAGUUAAUGGCCAUUUUCCUUUUUACUGACAACUAUUUUUGUAUUAUUACUGUACAGUACAAAGUUCAAUGGUAGUAUCUGCAGCGCAUAACCUUGACAGUAAUUCAGUAUGAUUCAUAUAGUCAUGACUUUUUUCGUGAAAUCAUAGGAUUAAAGUUAUUUGCACACCUGGACAUUAACAACAGUUAUUCAUUAGGUGUUUGAGCAUUUCGAUAUUUGUGACAGUAACUGCAAAGAAAGCAUGUAAUUGCUGUUUACAUAGUUUCACAUCAUGGUCAAAUUACAAUGCAAAAACAAAAGGACUCAAACAAAAUCAAAUUCAACAAGAAUUCCAAACUUGCCUUGGUGUAUUGUUGUGAAAUUUCAGAACACAUUACUCAUUUAUAUUAAUGUAAAUAUGAUGUUGAUUAACCAAAACACUGUCACAUAUCAUUGUACAUAAUCAUUGAUUGGAAUGUAAAUAAUUCUUUAGACUAUAUUUUUAUUGAGAUAGGUCCAUUUUUUUGUGAUGGAAACAGAUUUCACCAACAUUCCGUCUGUAUAUAAUGAUUUUAUACAUUCAUAUAACUAUCUGGAGUACUUUCAGCUGUUUCAAAAGUGCAAGGCGACCCAAACUGGUCUUGUUAAUCGUUGUAGCUGCAAUUUUAUGAAUAUCUUCCUCGGCAGGUUUCAAUUGUUUUAUGAAGUUAUAUUUAAUCAUAUUUCUAUUUUGAUAACAGCAUAAGGAUCUACAUGGAAGUGUCACUAUUUCAGUAACAUAAAGAAAGUGUUAUCCAUAACUUAUCAACUUUAACAUAAAUGAUAAUCAGAUUAUUUGCUCUAGAAAAUAGCUAUUUUAAAGAGAUACAUAGACUUAUAUGAAUGAAGAACAAGGAAUAUAAGUAGGUCUGAUGUAUUUUUUUAUAAUGAGCGAAUAUUAGACAGUACAAAUAUAUGUAUAAAUAUUUGAUCUUUUAACUGAUUUUGUUACAGAGUGAAAUUUUCAGAAAUUGAUAGUUGAAAUCAUUUAAUCAAUGCUUGUUUCCAUAUGCAUUUUGUAUAAUGAAGCUUUGCGAAAAUUCUUCUAAACUAAAUAGACUUAGGACAGUAUUAAUAUUCUUUAUUCUCGAUUGUAUUUUAUGAAAAUAUAAUAAUAGAAACAUUGUAAUCCUAGACCAUUUGUCAUGAUUUUUAUGUACAUUACAUAUUUUGUAUUAAACUAAUCACAGAAAA